AUGCUGCGCGCCCUGCGCCGCCUGGCGCAGGCCCAGGCCCAGGCCGGGGCUGGGACCUGGUCGCCCUCGCUCCCCGCCCUGCCCCGCUCGCUCCUCCCAGCCAGGGCCCCCUUCGGCAGCGUCGCCGCCAAGACCGCCGCCACCCCGCCCUGGGCGCGCCUGCCGGACCGCGCCUCGGAGUGGGCGCUGUCGCGCCUGCGGCCCAACUACGACCGGCUGCUGGGCGUGCGGUACGGCCCGCGCUUCACGCUCAUCAACGCCGUGGGCGUGACGCAGCCGCGCUGGGCGCGCGCGAUGUCCCUGCUCCUCGCUGAGGCCCUCACCCGCGGCGACCCACACGUCGCCUGGUGCUUCUCGUCGCCCAUCACACAGUCUGAGGCGGCGUACCUGGCGGCGGCGGAGCGUGCGGACGCCGAGGCGGCGGUGGCGGCGGCCCACUUCUGGCGCUCGGUCCUGCGGCGCCUGGGCAUGGCGGCGCGCCUCCUCUGGCUCCUCCUCAUCUUCCUGCCCGCCCAGGCCCAGGCCGGGGCUGGGACCUGGUCGCCCUCGCUCCCCGCCCUGCCCCGCUCGCUCCUCCCAGCCAGGGCCCCCUUCGGCAGCGUCGCCGCCAAGACCGCCGCCACCCCGCCCUGGGCGCGCCUGCCGGACCGCGCCUCGGAGUGGGCGCUGUCGCGCCUGCGGCCCAACUACGACCGGCUGCUGGGCGUGCGGUACGGCCCGCGCUUCACGCUCAUCAACGCCGUGGGCGUGACGCAGCCGCGCUGGGCGCGCGCGAUGUCCCUGCUCCUCGCUGAGGCCCUCACCCGCGGCGACCCACACGUCGCCUGGUGCUUCUCGUCGCCCAUCACACAGUCUGAGGCGGCGUACCUGGCGGCGGCGGAGCGUGCGGACGCCGAGGCGGCGGUGGCGGCGGCCCACUUCUGGCGCUCGGUCCUGCGGCGCCUGGGCAUGGCGGCGCGCCUCCUCUGGCUCCUCCUCAUCUUCCUGCCCUGGGCGGCCACGCGCCGCGACCUCUUCCCCCCGGACCUCGCCGCCGAGCUGGCGCUGCUGCACACGCAGGCUCCCGCCCACGCGCCGUCGGUGACGGCCGCGGCGGUGGCCGCCGCCUUUGGCUUCGGCGUGGGCGACCUCUUCUACUCCUUCGAGGACGCGCCCGUGGCCUCGGGCUCCAUCGGCCAGAUCCACCGCGCGCAGCUGUCGGCCCUGGGCGCGCGGCUGACGGGCAUGGCGGAGGGCACGGUGGUGGCGGUCAAGGUGCGCCACCCCGCGGUCAGCCAGGCCAUCGAGCGCGACUUCGCGCUCAUGUCCGCCGCGGCGCGCGCGCUGGGCGCGCUGCCCUGGCUCGCGCACCUGCGCCUGGAGGAGAGCCUGCGCCAGUUCGCCGCGCCGCUGCGCGAGCAGGUGGACCUGGGGCGCGAAGCCAUGCACCUGCACGCCUUCAACUACAACUUCCGGCGAAUGCGCGAGGUCAGCUUCCCCGUGCCCCUCUACCCGCUGGUCACCCCGGGCGUGCUGGUGGAGACCUACGAGGAGGGGCGGCACAUCGGCGAGUACGUCGCGCGCGGCGCCGGCGCGCCCUUCAACUCCUCCCUCGCCGUCAUCGGCGCGCGCGCCAUGCUGCACAUGAUGCUGGUCGACUCCUUCAUCCACGCCGACCUGCACCCCGGCAACAUCCUGGUCCGGCUGGAGACGCCGGGGGGGCGCGCCGUGGCGCGUGCCAUCAACGCCGCGCGCUCCUUGCUCAAGGAGACGGGGAGGCUUCUUCACAUGGACCUGGCGCCGCCCGUGGAGUGGCUGCGCCGGCCGCGCAUGGUGCUGCUGGAUGCGGGGAUGGCCAUGAGCCUGUCGCCCAAGGACCACACCAACAUGUGCGGGCUGUUCGACGCCUUCUCGCGCCUGGACGGCAGCAGCGUGGCGGACUGGGUGCUGCGCUUCUCCGGCGAGGCGCAGACCUGCCCCGACCCCGCCGCCUUCCGCGCGGACCUGGGCGCGCGCAUGGAGGAGGCGCGCACCGCGCGGCGCCUGGGCGCAGGGUCCGAGGCCGACGGCGCGGAGGAGCUGGCGGUGGUGCUGGACAUGUGCCGCCAGCAUGCGGUGAGCCUGCCGGGGCACAUCUGCGCCACGGUGGUCACCACCCUGGUGCUGGAGGGGUGGAGCCACUCGCUGGACCCGCGCCACUCCACGCUGGCCGAGGUGCGGCGGCUGCUGGCCGCAAAGCGCGGCGGGCUGCUGGCCUGGCUGGCCACCGUGGCCGACUCGGAGAUGCUGGAGCGUGUGCCCACCUUCGACGACCCGCUGGCCACCUCCCGCUUCGACCUGGCGCGCGUCAUGAUGCUGUCUUCCCAGGCCUACCAGCAGGCCGGCCUCGCCGGUCUGAUGAAGAACAGCCGUGCCCCCGCGGCCACCGGCCCCUUCAUCCCCGCCCCUGCUGAGAGCAACGCGUGGGCCUUCCUGGCCGACCUGGCUGCGGGCGGCACCGCCGGCGCGGUGUCCAAGACCAUCGUGGCCCCCAUCGAGCGUGUGAAGCUGCUGCUGCAGACCCAGGACUCCAACCCGCGCAUCAAGUCGGGCGAGAUCCCACGCUACACGGGCAUCGCCAACUGCUUCACCCGCGUGGCCGCGGAGCAGGGCAUCGCCUCCUUCUGGCGUGGCAACCUGGCCAACGUGGUGCGCUACUUCCCCACCCAGGCCUUUAACUUUGCGUUCAAGGACACCAUCAAGGGCCUGUUCCCGCGCUACUCCCCCAAGGCCGACUUCUGGAAGUUCUUCGCCACCAACCUGGCCUCCGGCGGCCUGGCUGGCGCCGGCUCCCUGCUCAUCGUCUACCCCCUGGACUUUGCGCGCACGCGCCUCGCCGCCGAUGUCGGCUCUGGCGGCAACCGCGAGUUCACGGGCCUCAUCGACUGCCUGUCCAAGACCGCCAAGCGCGCCGGGCCCAUCGGCCUCUACCAGGGCUUUGGCGUGUCGGUGCAGGGCAUCGUGGUCUACCGCGGCGCCUACUUCGGCCUGUACGACACCGCCAAGGGCGCGGUGUUCGAGGACGAGCGCAACGCCUCCUUCCUGGGCAAGUGGGCCAUCGCCCAGGCCGUCACCGCCGCCGCCGGCGUGCUGUCCUACCCCUUCGACACCGUGCGCCGCAGGCUGAUGAUGCAGUCCGGCGGCGAGCGCGUGUACAACGGCACCCUGGACUGCUGGCGCAAGAUCGCCGCGCAGGAGGGCUCCUCCGCCUUCUUCAAGGGCGCGCUGUCCAACGUCCUGCGCGGCGCCGGCGGCGCAUUCGUCCUGGUCCUGUACGACGAGAUCAAGAAGCUGAUCAACCCCAACGCCGCCCCCUCCUCCGAGUGA